AGGAGAUUUCGGCAGCGCUCUAACCGGUUCAAUUUGAAGCAGAUCAGCAACAAUUUUCAAAAGAGAAUUGUUUAGGCAGUGAAAAAGAGAAGACAUUGCCAGCCAGCACCAUGAGUAAUCUACCAAUCUCCGGUAACUUCUCCGACACCGAGGAUGACGUGGUCGAGGACGAGGAUGAGGAGUUGCGCUUCCAGGAGAGCAUCAAGAAGGACCUCUUCACCGAGUUCACCUCAGCCACACCCAUGAAGAUGGCCAGGGUGAGCGUCGCUCACGCCAGGGAACCCAUGAAGGUGUACCUCAGAGUCAGGCCAUUCACGAAUAUUGAGAUUCAAGACGGAGAGUCACAGGAGUGUAUGGACCAGGAGAACCGCACCACUCUCCUCAUGAGGGCACCCAAGAACAGCUUUGCCUUCAAGAGCAGUCAGCGAGGCUUCGGGGAGAUGAAUCACAAGUUCACCUUCUCCAACAUCUUCGACGAAGACACCAGUCAGAAGGUGUUCUUUGACGACACCAUGCUGGCCACGGUCAAGGACGUCAUUGACGGCCACAACUGCCUGGUGUUCACCUACGGCGUGACCAAUGCCGGCAAGACGUACACUAUUCAAGGUGUUCCACAAGAUGGAGGGAUUUUACCACGAUCCCUGGACGUGAUCUUCAACAGCAUAGAAAACAGACAGUACUUUUCAAACAGGGUGAAGCCACGCUACUUCUGUGAUGUGGUCAAACUCUCCGAGAAGCAGCAGAAGAAAGAAGAGGAUGUCAAGUCCAAGCUGCUUGCCCUGGGCAAUGUCCCUUCCACCGGUGCAGCAGAUCAGACGACGAUGUUAGAGGGUGAAAGCAUGAUGGAGGAUAGCCUGAACACAGACCUAUCGCGGGCUUCCUAUUCCGCCAGCAACGACGACACCCAGGACUCGUCCAAACUCUCAGAGAGCAAGAUGUCUACUACAAAAGACUUUGAGGCCUUGAGCAACCAGACAUUCCUAGAUGAGGUCAACGCCCGCAUCCCGGAUGACACCGUGGUCAACGUGGACGCGCAGGGACCCGUCAAGUUCAGCAUCUGGAUCUCCUUUGCUGAGAUCUACAACGAGUACAUGUACGACCUCCUGGAACCGCUGCCCAAGGAGAAGAAGAUCAGACGACAGGCCCUCAAGCUGGCCGAGGACAAGAACGGCAGCAUUUACAUCAAGGGACUGAAGCAGAUCCAAGUCAUUAAUGCAGAUGAGGCCUAUAAGGUCCUGAAGAUAGGUCAGAGAAACCUCAGCAUUGCAGCUACCAAACUCAAUCACUGCUCCAGUAGAAGUCACUGCAUCUUCAGCAUUAAGAUCCUAAGAGUUGUAGACGUUGAUGACCCUCAUGUUGCCAGAGUCAGCCACCUCUCAUUCUGUGAUCUCGCUGGAUCCGAGCGCUACACUCGUACCCAGAACACGGGAGACAGACUGAAGGAGGCAGGGAAUAUCAACACCUCCCUCUUGACCCUGGGAAAGUGCAUCCACGCUCUGCGGUACAACCAGAACCAUCCAAAGGUGCAUCCAAAGAUCAUCCCGUUUCGCGAGAGCAAACUGACUAGACUCUUCCAGAGUUUCUUCCUUGGCAAGGGCAAGGCUUCCAUGGUUGUCAAUGUCAACCAGUGUGCAUCGGGAUUCGAUGAAACCAUGCAUGUCCUCAAGUUCUCAGCUAUUGCCAAACAGGUAACGACCGUCACUUCAAAACUGGAUAACAAGUGGAAGGAACCUCCUGCCAAGAAAUCAAAGCGCCCUCUACGAAACGUCUCCCUGGCUCUGAACCAGGCCCUGGACUGCAAGGUCAAAGGUCAAAGGCCGUCGGUGCCGUGGGCGACCCCUGGCACCAUCGCCCAGGUGAUGAAGGAGACCGGGCACGUGGCAUCCAUCGAGGAUACAGUCUUUGAAGAGGAUGAGGAGGAAGAGGAAGAAGAAGAGGAGGAGGAGGAUAGUGAAUCGGAUGUAGCCGAUACUCCAGUAGCUAAGAAGAAUGAGAACACUUCCAAGAUCCAGAAAGAGCUAAUGGCCGUCAUUGACGUACUGAAGCAGAAGCUGGUGGAUGAGAAAUCUGAGAAGUUCUACCUGGAGACCAAGAUCAGGGAAGAGGUUUGCCAGGAGAUGGCUGAUCAGCUGGUAGAGAUUGAGCAAGACUACAAUGAACGGCUGGAGGAAGAUAAGCAACGAGCCGAGGAGGUCUACGAGAAACGUCUGGAGAUAUACGCCAAGUCCGUCAAGAAGACACGCAAGAGGGAGCGCAACGACGGGGAUGCGGCAACUGAUGCGGCCGAGCAAGUUUCCAUCUCUCUUCUAGCCGCUGAGCAGAACAAAGUCAGGGAUCGCAAUGCACAGAUUGAAAAGCUGACUUCCGACCUGGAGUCAACUGAAAAUUCUCUGAGAGACUUUGAGGAUCGUAUGCACAAUGAAGCUACUGAGCUGAACAAAACAAUUGCUGAUCAGAAGAAAUGCAUUGCAGAGAAUGAAUCAAAGGCCAGCAGUCGCGAGAAGGAAUUUACGGAUAGUAAAGAGGCUCUGCAAAAUAUGAUUGAUGAAUUAAAUAGAACCAUCGUAGAACAGAAGCAUAGGCUUGUAGAGCAAGAACGAGACAUCAAUUCACAUGAGGAGGAAGAGAUGGGAGAUAAAGAGUCCCUUCAAGAACAGAUUUCGGAACUGAACAAGACAGUUGCCAAUCAGAAGAAAUGUCUUGAGGAGAAAGAGGCGUGGUUUAGCUGUCAAGAGAAGGAGCUAACGGAGAGUAAAGAUGCACUGCAAAAACGGGUUGAAGAACUGAGCCAAACAAUUCGAGAGGAGAGAGAGAAGGGAAGAGAGAUAAUGGAGAACAAUGAGACUAUCCUGGAACAGAUGGAAGAACUGAACCAAACCGGUAGAGAAAAUAAAGAGGCUUUCACACAGAUGGAGAAAAAAGUGAGCUCACGUGCAAAGGAAGAAAAGGAAGUCAAAGAGGCUCUCCAGAAACAGAUAUGUGAGCUGAAUCAAACAAUUGCAGAUCUAAAGGACUGUCUGAAUGAGAAGGAAUCAGAGAUCAGCUCUCAAGAGAAAGAGAUUUCAGACACCAACGAGACAGUGCAGAAGCAGAUUUGUGAGCUGAAUCAAUUAAUUGCAGAUCAAAAUAACUGUCUGAAGGAAGAAAAAACAAAGAUCGAUGCUCAAGAAAAAAGGAUUUCAGACAUCAAAGAAACAUUACAGAAACAGAUUGUGGACCUAACCCAAACCAUAAAAGAGCAGAAAGAGAAGCUUGUAGACAGGGAGACAGAAAUCAGUGCACAUGAGAAGGAGCAAGUGGAAGGAAAAGACUCUCUUCAAAAAGAGAUUUCUGAGCUGAAAAGAACAAUUGCUGAUCUAGAGAAAAGUCUAGAGGAGAAAGAGGCCAAGUCCAGCGCUCAGGAGAAGGUGCUUAUAGAGAGUAAAGAGGCACUGCAAAAACAGAUUUCUGAGCUUGAAGGAACAAUUGAAGAUCAGAAGAAAUGUCUUGCAGAGAAUGAAGCAAAGUUCAAUGCUCAAAAGAAAGAACUUACGGACAGCAAAGAAGCCGUGCAAAAACAGAUUGAUGACUUAAACAAAAUUACUGUAGAACAGAAACAGAAGCUUGCAGAGAGGGAGACAGAAAUCAGCACACAUGAGAAGGAGCAAGUGGAAGGAAAAGAGGCUCUUCAAGAACAGAUUGAAGAGCUCAAGACAGUGGUCGAUGUACAAAAGGACCAACUCUGCAAGAAGACUGACAGGAUAGACACGCUCGAGAGAGAACUGGAAGCCAGGCAGAUCGUCCUCGCCGAGAAGGUUGGAGAAUUAACGACUGUAAUUGAGAACCAGCAAGCAGAGAUCAAGAAACAGGCAGAGGGUCUGGAACUGAAGACUAAACAGAUGCAGGAGAGCACCUCACUGCAACACAAAGAUCUGGAGGAGCAUGAUACUCUAGUGUCUGAUCUAGAAGAGCGUAUAGAGGUCUUAGCAGGAGCAGAGAAACAGCUUGCAGAUGCCAAGAAAGAGAUGGCCGAGCAAGAGAUUCAGAUAGCUGACCUGUACAAGCAGCUUGAAGAGAGGGAGGCCAAGGUCAAGGAAACCGGGGAGACCAUGGCCGCCGAGCUCUGCGCCGAGAUCAAGAUGCACGAGGAGGCCCAGAAAGAAAUGAGGAAUUCCAUCCUCAAGAAGACACAGAAUGAAACGGAAGCAAAGAAACUGAUCGAGGACCAAGAGGCCUCCAAUGAAGAACUGAAAGCUAUUGUUGAGACCAAAGAGAGACAGAUUGAGGAACUGGAAGAAACACUCAGCUCUAGAGACGAAGAGAUCAAAGAAAUGGAGGCUAAACUAGAAACAUCUUCCCGGAAAGCAUCAGUAGAGGAGUCCGAGACACAAACUGAGAUGGAGUAUUCCUCUGAGAACUUCACCUCCUCCUCCUCCUCCGAGGAGAGCGCUGAUCAGCAGCUGUCCCGCAAGAAGAUGUCGGGUAUGCCUUCCACCACCUCUCUGGCAUCCACCAUCUCCACCACCAGCACUGAGGAGGAUGAUGAUGAUAGUAUCAUUAUCAUCGAGCCGGAGGAUCAAGCCGGAUACAAGGCCGGUCGCCUCUCAAGAGUGGAGAUAGAUGCUACUCCUCUUCAGAAGAAGAACUCGCGCAAGGGACGGGCCACCAAGAUCACAAAGACAUCGCUGAGGUCGUCCAGGAAGAGGGGAGGAGGAGGAGAUGAUGACCAGGAAGAGAGUUCCAAGAAACUGAGAGGAGACGAUGGAGUUGGGGUCAAGCCAAAGGGUCGUGCACGUCGUGCCACACGGGCAUCCAGUAAGACCAGUCUCAAUGAGGAGAUAGAGAACCAACCGGAGGAUAGGACAUCCCCUUCCGCGACCUCGCUCUCAGGUAGCAGUCAGAGGAGAGGCCCUCUGGCCAGGAUCAACGAAUACCUUCAGAACUCUCCCAUUGGAAAAUCAGUGUAUGAUACUGCCAAACGCCUGGUAGACACGGCCACGGCUGCUGCCUCCCCCUCCUCCGCUGAGGUGGUGAAGCCUCCGUCCCCCUCCCCGCCCAAGGCCGUCGAGAUGGCCACCUUCGUCCCCUCCAUGGUGCCGGAGAGACAGAAGAGGAAGAGGAAGCUCUACAAGACCGAUAUUUCUGCACCGUUUGAGGCCUCCCCUCAUGAGAUGAUAAGCCGACAAUAUGUAGGCGAAGCCAAAUCUACGGAGGGCGCUGUUACAGUUAUCACACGAAAGCUUCGCUCUCGAGCCAAGAAAUACUGAAGAGUUUCCCGCCAUGUAGCUGUGAAAAAUGCAUUGAAACAAAAUCCUGAAUGUGGUUGCCAAAUUUUUGUGAACUAUGGAAUGCUCUUUAUUUCGAGAAUAUGCAUGAUGCAAUGGGGUUACAGUUAGAUGUGACUUUGCUUAAACAAAUACUAUGUCCCGACAAUAGAAAUGUGUCCUUCUUAUUUUCUUAACUUUUACAUCUACUUGUAGUUAUCAAUCCUUUUGCAUAUCGUCGGUGGGGUGACACAACCUUGUAUCUCAAUUUUUUGAGAUUUUUAUUUGUUUGCAUAAUUUUGUUCCUAAUGGCCUACGACACCACCUGAUAAAUCCAUGGAUCGCCUCCUUCUCAGUUUUUUCACAAAUUCCACACAAACACCCUUAAACUAAACCUCGUAACUUUAACCCCCUUUGAAGCUGCACUGACAAAACCUCGUAACAUAAGAUACGUAAUUCCUUUUCCUUGUAACUCACACACGGCCUAACAGUACUGAAGUUAGUGUAUUCAAAUCCUCGUAACUCUUUCAGAGUUGAAAGUAAGGACUCGUAUCUCAAUUUGAAUAAAAACUAAAAACUCGUAUCUCGAUGUAGAUAAACGCAAAAACCUUGUAACUCACUUUCAAAUAUAAAAACAAUUAUUUUACUGUAUUUCAACAAUGACAUGAAAAAUUGUAUAAAUAUUCCAGUUUUAAAAAGAAAGGAUGGUGUCACAGCACUAAAUUUGUUGAGACAGGAAAAUUCAUGAUUUUUGAGAUACGAGGUUUUGUCACCCCACCGACGAUAUACUUAAAGUACUGUACAAUACAAGAUGAAUGUGUCAUUUUGUACAUUGCAUUUUACGGCUGUACAGGAAUGUAAACUUGAAUUAGUGAAGUUUCAAAUAUCAACAUAAAUCAUAAAUUGUUCUUCAUAUUGUUGUUAGUGUAUAUUUUUCAGCAUAUGGUCUUGCUUUUGUUAACUUAAAGUUUAAUCCUGAAUAAACGUUACAUAGGGCCCAAUGUGACUUUCAAUGCAUAUUGGAUUUGAUUCUCUUGUAAGCGCUGUUAUAUCAUGUCAUCAGUGUGGGAUCAGUUCAAAUUCAAGAAAGGGG